GCCUUAUGGUUUCUUGUGACUCUACCUGUCAAUUCCUGAUUAAUUGACUAUAUAUUGAGCCGUGUCAUAAGAAUUGGGAGAUCGUUAUUCUUAUGACUCUUUUGACACUCCAUCCUCGCAAAGUGUACGCUAUCAGAGCUGCUCCCAGCUGUCUUGCUACCCCGCGCAAAUCGACCAAUACAACGUCUUAUCUCUAUAUCUUUCCAGGCCAUAUGUAUCAGAGUCUAGAAAUAGUGUGAAGCAUGUUUAUUUACCCCCGGGUGGCAUUGCAAAAAGCUGCCACCGCCAAUAUCUUCCGGAAUGGCGGUACAAAACCCCUUCACACAUCCUCCUUCGAGGUAUUCCGCGAUAUCGCCUCUCUUCGUGACCGACGGCGUCAGUUGCAACAGUCACUGCGCACAGUCGGUUUAGUUCCUACGAUGGGCGCCCUCCAUGAAGGUCAUUUGUCCCUUAUACGACAAGCUGCUGCGGAAAAUUCGGAUAUCUUUGUGAGCAUAUACGUGAACCCAACUCAGUUUGGUGUGAAUGAGGACUUGUCCAGUUAUCCGCGGACAUGGGAAGCCGACUUGGAAAAACUCGAAAAGCUCAAUGCCGAAUUGAAGCGGGGAGGAAGUUUGGGCAAUGGCUCCGAGGCAGGUAGCAUCACAGCGAUUUUUGCGCCCACGGGAAAAGUGAUGUACCCAACGCUGCCUCCUUCGUCGGAAAUCAAUGGACAUGGAUCUUUUGUUACGAUAACGCCCUUGGCUACCAAAUUAGAGGGAGCUUCCCGCCCUGUGUUUUUUAGAGGUGUUGCGACAGUCUGCACCAAACUGUUCAAUAUUGUCAAGCCACACAGGGUGUACUUCGGUCAGAAGGAUGUGCAACAAUGCGUUAUAAUCAAACGUAUGGUUAAAGACUUCCAUAUUGACACGGAUGUGCGCAUUGGGCCCACCGUUCGCCAACCGGAUGGACUGGCCAUGAGUUCGCGGAACGUAUAUUUAGGCAGUCGCCGAAGAGCCGUCGGUCUCGUGCUUUCCCAGGCGCUGCGGGCCGCUGAGAAAGCUUACAAUGAUGGCAAGCAUUCCCGACAGGACAUACUAGCAGCUGCGAAGAAAAUUGCGGAUAGCAAAUUAUUGGAACAGAAGGGGCUGAAGCCAUCAGAGCGGGCACUCUUUGAAGUGGAUUACAUCUCCCUUGCCGACCCCGAGACGCUUGAUGAGGUUGAUACCAUUGAUGCUAGCCGAGGAGCUAUUUUGAGUGGCGCGGUGAAGAUGUUGCCUAUUGAAGAAGCCCAAGCAGGCGAAAAGCUAGGGGUUGGUGACGAUAGGAUCGCGGUGCGUUUGAUUGAUAACAUCAUACUUUCGCCGAGGGAGUAACGUCUGCAUGCAUUCCUGAAAAACCAGGAAUUGGGACUCACCAUGUAUUAUUAUAUUCACAAACAAUGAACAAUAGACCAGAACUUCAUUUCUCAUGCGUAGUAUAUACUGCCCAUCUAUUGGCCCAAAAUGGAGAUAUCCCCACUCCGGGAGAGCGGGAGCAUCCGAACCUUUUUUCUUGUUUUCUUUUCUCUCUCCUGUCUCGUCCAGUCCAUGCAGCCAUGCUUCU